GAAGAUUGUUCUGUUACCCGAUCACACGAGCAAAAAAAAAAAAAAAAAAAAAAAAAAAAGAAAAGAAAAAGGCAGGGCGGGUAGGGGGGCCGUGGUGCACGCCGCACGUCCCAAAAGUUGUUUUGAAACACUUCGUUGAGGCUUCCGUCAUGUUGGUUUGGUGUCACAAGCGUGCUCGGUAGCGGUCCUGGGCGCUGCUUCGUUUCGGGACGAGACUUGUUGAGGCGGUGAUAUGUGAUAGCAAGCAGCAUGCCGUACGUGGACCGUCUGAACCGCGUGUGUGGCUUCCUGGAUAUCGAAGAGAAAGAGAAGAGCUGCCGCUUCCAGAGGCGCUACUUCAUCCUGGACACUCAGGGGAAUGCUUUGCUGUGGUACAUGGACAACCCUCAGAACCUGCCCAGUGGAGCAAGCUUUGUUGGUAGCCUGAGACUAACCUACAUCUCCAAGGUAAAUGAAGCUACAGGGAAGCAGAAGCCGAAGACAGAGUUCUGCUUUGUCAUCAAUGCAGUAUCCCGACGGUAUUUCCUCCAAGCCAACGAUGUGACAGACAUGAGGGACUGGGUCACUGCUCUCAACCAGGCCAGCAAGAUUACUGUUCCUAAGUCUGGUCCUGCACCACCGAGAUCUGAUGUGGCCACAGUUAUCAGUGACCAUUAUGGAGGUGGGAAGCAGCAGGCAUAUAAGACGGAGAUCCACGGGGGCGUGGUGGUGCACACGCCCAUCCAGAAUGAGGGCAUCAAGCCUGGUGUGCUGCGGUUCGGUUACUGUGUCAAACAAGGCAAUGUUAGAAAAAGCUGGAAGAGACGCUUUUUUACCCUGGAUAACAACGCGGUCAGUUACUACAAGUCUGAGACGGACAAAGAGCCUCUGCGAGCCAUUCCACUCCGAGACAUUCAGAAAGUUCAUGAAUGUCUCGUCAAGUCGGGUGAUCUCCUGCAGCGAGACAACCUAUUUGAGAUCAUCACCGGAUCCCGAACCUUCUACAUACAGACAGACUCCCCGGAGGAUAUGCACGGCUGGAUCAGGGACAUUGAGAUGAAGAUUCAGGAUUUCAGAGGCCCUACCAAGGGAUUCUCGUUUAAAAGAGCUUCAUCCCUCUAUCGAAGUCACAAUGCUUCCGCAAGUCGAAGUCAUCAAGUGGUCGAGCAGCGCCCGCCUCUGGUCAAGUCGUGCUCCGUGGCACCGGGCUGGCAGCCGUGGACGCCCAUCCCUGCAAAUGAGAGCUCCGUCUUAGACGCGGAGGACAAUGACAGUGCUUUUAGCGCCGUUCCUACGUUGGCCUCACUCUCCUCCUCCCCCAACUCUUCGUCCACAUCCUCCUCCUCCAACUCUCUCUCAACCCUCGCCCCUUGCCUCAGCGUGCCCAGUAGCGGCCUGGGCAUCCUCACGGCAUCCGGAGACGUGGCGUGCGGCCGUCGGCGGCACCGCUCGCAGCCUCAGUCUCUCACGGGCUGCGUGUUCCCCUUCAGCCUGGAUGACGACAGCAUCCGCACCACUGAUGUCUAGGUUCUGUGCGGUUCUUGUUACCUGCUUUGACAUGAAUGUGACUGGUCAUUGAAGUAUUUCCCACUAAUAAGGUGACCCUGUGUCAAUAUCAUGACCGGCAAAAAGGAUCCCCAGCUGGUCAUGUAGUUGCUCUACAGACGAUAUGGGGACCAUGAGGAACAAUAGUGUAGUGUAUAAAAGGGCUGUUAAAAAAAUAGGAUGAAGCAUUUUGUUGUUGUUGUUUUUUUUUUUUGUGCAGCUUCCUCUAAAAACUUGAAUUAUAAUGUUAAUUGUUCUUGCAGGGCUACAAAUGAUGGCACAUGCUUUUAACCCUUUGCACUUGUCUUCGCUUAGACAUGAUCUCUGCACAGAAAUAACAUGCUAAAGGUUCUCAGGCAUGUACAUUUUUUUUUUUUUUUUUUUUUUUUUUUUAAAUAAGUUAAGCCCUCUGUUUUAGCAUUCUUUGGAUAAGAGGAAAGAGACACAAAGGUCUGGCAGCAACCUUCAUUAACACUCAACAAGUGUUUCUUGACCACAAGUGAAAGUGUUCCGCCAACCUCAAACUUUAAAAAAAAAAAAAAACUUGACACAACCCUGAAGAUUGAACCAUCAGCGCUUGUUGCACAGGAAGCAGCGAUGCCAUCAUAAUAAUAAUACAGCCGCUCUUUAUGGUACUUGAUGAAGAAUAUACUGCUGAUGAGCAGGGUUACAGCUGUCUAAAUGUGAUUUGUUUCCCCUUGGAGCAUUAUGUGGGGGGUGGGGGGGGGGGGUGUACACGCUGACAUUUGUAAAUGCAUUAACAAUUUUGCACUUAUUUUAUUUUUGUUUUUUUUACCUUUUUUUAGAAGCUUCACCACUGUCACAACUUCCUCUAAGAUGUCUCAACUAGUUUUGUGUUGUAACACCUGUGGCUUCAACUCAUGCUUGAAUGUUUGUUCACUCGUCUGCCUGCACAUGUUACGUUUCCAUCCUGUAUAAUAAACCCUAUUUUUAUUGGUCUUGUGAUA